AUGGCACACUAUACGCAUCCAUGUCAGUCACCCACUGAACACACGGCCACUCCUGAAGCAGUAGCUAGCAAAUUCAACCGUCCGGCGAUUGAUCUCAACCGUCCGGCUCAGGAUGAUCCGAUGGACAAUCAGAAUCUCAAUUCGUCUGUCUCCGAUUGCAAGAUUACCGUCUCUGCCGGUCAAUCUGGCACUCCUCCAUCACUGUUCAUCGGUGAUGGGUUGAUGGAACUCGGCGAGGGAGACAAGGACUGCCGGCUUAUCAAGGAGAGAUUCAUCUCGAGGCUAGCUGCACUUGGGGUGCAAGUCACCUUGGUGGCAAUCCACAAGAAUUGCUUCUCUAGUGUCUCGGCGAAAGGACGGGCCCAAGCGUUUCAAGUUUACUCACAGGCAGUGCAGAUUAAGGGCAGGGACAACAACGCCAAUGUGAAGUACGCAUGGUAUGCUACCUCGAAGGAAGAGGUACUCAAGAUCUUGUCCUACGGAUUUGGCUUCAGUGGCAAGGCUGAGAACCACGGCUUGUAUGGUUGUGGAGUUUAUUUUGGUCCUUACGAUCGUCCCCUCGAAAGUGUUAAAUCCGCUCCUAUCGAUGAAGAUGGCUUGAGGCAUCUCUUGCUUUGCCGGGUUAUACUGGGGAAAUCAGAGCUUAUCAAUCCUAACUUGGAACAAUUUCAUCCUAGUUCGGAGCAGUAUGACUCAGGAGUGGACCACUUAUCAUCUCCUAGGAGAUACAUUAUUUGGAGCACUCACUUGAAUACUCAUGUAUCGCCGGAGUACAUUAUCAGCUUUAAAGCCUCUUGUUGCUCGAAAGGGUGCUUGACAACUCCGGAGAAUUCACCAAAAUCCACUUGCCCUUGGAUACCAUUUCCGAUAAUGAUUUCGGAGCUCUCGAAGGUCUUACCUCCAUCUCAUGUCAGUUUGAUCUCCAAGUAUCUUGAGGACUUCAAUGAGAGUAAGAUUCCAAGGCAUGAGCUGAUACAAAAAUUCAGGGAAAUAGCAGGGGAUAGGUUGCUGAAUGGAAUUUUUGAAAAAUUCAAAACUAAGCAAUCUGGAGCGUCAAGCAGCUGAUUAUGGGACCAUGGAUGGAUUGGAAUAUGAAUGAGAUGUGAGGCGUGCUAAUAAGAUCGGUUUUCGUUUUGAUGAGUUCCUAACACCCAACAGUGGGAGGCGAUGGUAUACAAGAUGUGG